CGACAUCCUCAACGUCGACAGUGACAACGGAUAUUUGAAAAAAAACAAUGGCUGCCAGAAGAGAAUAUAUUCCAUUCAACGACAACGGCAACUCAACCGACGUGCUAGAGUACUGCGAUGACGUCACGCUACCCACCAACACCAGCAACUUUUCGUUCCCGAGCUUCGAGACGAUGGAGAAAGCCCUGACAUGGUUCUGCGCCGUCUGCUACAUUCUUGUCUUCCUCCUCGGCUGGCUGGGCAACGGUCUCGUCAUCUACGUGGUCCUGCGCUACGCCAAGAUGAAGACUGUCACCAACAUGUACAUCCUCAACCUCGCCAUCUCCGACGCGCUCUUCAUCGUCAGCCUUCCCUUCCUGACGACCACCAGCAUCCUCAAGCACUGGGUGUUCGGCUUCGCCAUGUGCAAGAUCUACUUCGUCCUCUUCUCCAUCAACCUGUUCACUGGUGUCUUCACGCUGGCGGUGAUGAGCGCUGACCGCUACCUGGCCGUGUGUCAUCCUAUCCGCUCCAUGAAGUACCGAACCACACGCAUCGCACUGUUCCUUUGUCUCGGCAUCUGGUCCGUGUCCUUCUGUGUCAUGCUGCCGGUAAUACUCUACUCUAACACUGUUCUGCAGUUCAACAGAACGGAGGAGCGGUACACCUGCACCAUCGUCUGGCCGGAGGGCCAACCUAUCCCUGCCGACAAAGCCUUCAUCUGGUACAGCUUCAUCUUGGGCUUUGCCAUCCCAGUGUCUCUCAUCGGCGUCUUCUAUGUCCUCGUGGUGCUGCGACUGGGCAAGGUCGGGCCGACAAAGAAGUCCAAGGAGAAGAAAAAGUCCAACCGUCGGGUCACCCGCCUGGUGCUGACCGUCAUUUCAGUCUACGUUGUUUGCUGGCUGCCGUACUGGACUUUUCAAGUUUACAUCACCUUCCUCCUGCACGAGAAAGAGUCGCUGAAGAUAUGGCAGAUUAUCCUCUUCAACGGCUUCACCGUGCUAACCUUUGCCAACAGCAUGCUCAACCCCGUGCUGUACGCCUUCCUCAGCGACAACUUCCGGAAGAGCUUCAUUAAAGCCUUCAAGUGCGUCUCGCCCAAGGAGGUCAACAAGUCGCUAGGCAACGAGAACAGCAUGUUCCCCAAGAAUAGUCAGACGUACACCAAGUGCUGCGCCGCCACCACUGAGGAGCGCCUGGAGCUGUCCGCCUUCGACAACAACGGCAGCAAGAUGCACUGUGGGAUCUCCGUUGAUGCCCACUGCAGCAACGCCACCCAGUCCACCGUUCCUGGACGACUUCACCGGAAAGACCUUCCAGGACGACCAGGGAUUCCUCAAGCCUCCCGUAGUCUUGUGAUUCUCUUGCUGUGUGUGGUGUAGCUGGUGUAGAGACCUGACACCCACCGGUGUUCUUGUGAUGCUCGUGGGUGGUAGAUGGACUGACUGGGUGCAGAGAGUUGGCGUGGCAGAUGCUUUGGGGAGGGGAUCUUCUCUGGUGGCUGCUCCACCCGCAUUUUCCACGUGCUAAUCUUAACAAUCAAAGCUGUGCUUGUUUACUUUGUGACACUGAUUUCAGUAGGCAGGAUGUUUUCAGUAAAAUCAGUUUUUUAAGAGUUACUCUAUGACAUGAAAACAGGAUGUGUUUGCUACCACUGUCUCACAAUAGAAUACAAAACCUGUGGUCGCUUUGAAAACGGAUAAUAAACAACUUCUCUAAUGGCCAGACAAAACCCUUGCUCUAAGCACAGCUGUCUAGUUCCGGCGUCUGCAUAGUAACUAUAAAUGAACCAUUGUUUUAAUAGGCUUUAGGCGAAAGAACAAAAGAAGGUAAACAGUGAAUUUUCAUCGUGUUAGUUAAAAGAGAACAAAUCUCACAUCUGGCUCAGACCAGCAAAGGAAAAAUCCACCGGCAAAGAAAUGGUCAGAGGCAAAUAUUGCAAAAUAAUCUAGAAUGCACUUGUUAAUUCAUAAGCGAAACGAACCACAACAACAAAUAGCAACAUAAAGAGGUUGUGCCUCUGAUGACAACAGCGAUGAUCCGUGAGGUCACAAGAACAACAUUCUAUUCACUGUGACAAGUGUGACAAGUGUCACAAAGGAAAAGACCUCACCACAGUCCUCUUUGUGUGACUCAGUCGCGAGCUAACCCAGCUGUCAGUUCUCCGAAUGUCGCCGUGUGAAAAGUCAUCAGAAAAGACAACAACAACAACAGCAGCAACAUUAACAACAACAACAACAACAUGGCAUUGAGUGUCCUGCACCUCUCACUGUAGCUAAGCAACCACAAGAGGACAUGCGGACAAAAGACGCUGACCCUGGGAAGUGAGGUCAGACAGACGAGAGUGACGACGAGGAAAGAGGAUGAAGGGAACAGUCACGUGACGAGCUGUCCUUAGACUUCAUUAUCUUGACGAGGACAUCACAGAGGUAUACACAUGGCGAAUCAUACUAUGUAACACGAAUUUUGUAUCACGUGUUCAGAGACGACUCUUACACCUGAUGGUUUGGGGGAUUGGAAACGAUGGAGGGAAGGGAGUGAACCCAACUAUCUGAGCAUGGUUCCCCUUUAUUAACAUUAGCGAUGGCAAGAACCAAUCACCGAUUACAGGAGGGCCGCAGUAUUGUACAAGGCAGAUGGCGCACAGUACGAUGUCUUCAUAUUAAAGGAAAGAAUAGAAAAUAAAACGCAGAUUCCAUUGGACAAGAACACAAUAGUUUUACGCUUGAUGACGAAGAUUGUUUACUGUAAAUAAAAAAAAAUUAUUCAGGCCAGGCGGGAGUGAACAGCGGUAAAGGACAGGCUUAGAUAACUUUCUUUGGAGUCAGCUCCGAUGUCGCAAGACUGACUGUGGGGAGAACCACCAGCAGACUUCCUGUAGCAGUGACAGACGACAAACAUUCUGUAAUGUAGUGUCCACCUCUCAAAUCAAAUUACACGAGUUUAAUUCUGCUAACAUCUUUCACGAUUUAAUCAGGUUGUCGUCCAUAAAAAUCAUUGUCCCUCACUGUCCCUCAAGACAAUGGAGGCGAACCCCUAUGGUAGUGUCAUCCAGUAAGCCCUGGAGACAAGCGAGAUCGGGAAAAGUCUGUGAACUCUUCAAUCAAGACACUAGUGAUUAAUUGAUUCAUUAUUCUAAAUGCCUGAGGACUUUAAUUAUCUAAAUGGCGGCGACAAAGAUAAUGAAAUAUAUGCGUGCGCCUCUGUGUACAUAUGUAUGUGUGCAUGUUAGUAUUCUGUAUGUAUAUCUUCAACAUUUUUAAACCUUUUGCAUAUAUGUAUAUCUGAGAAAAAGCUACACAAAACAGAUGUCCUGAAGUGAAGCAGGUCAAGAAAAUUAGUUUAACAAGUCGUAAAGUGGUCAAAGGUUUAUUGUGUCUCACCAUGUAUCAGACUUUGUUUAUUUGUCAAUAAGAUAGAGAAUGUGGCGAUACAAAGUGGUAGUGAUACACAAAUGUGGCUACAUAACAAAUAUAUUGACCUGCAGACUCUUGCCUGAAACAUUCAGUGAUCCUGUUAACCAAUGUCUAUGUUAAUCAAUCUCUAUGUUUAUUUGUGUCACUGGCUGCCUCGUCCACUGCCAUUUUAUUUGUUUUUGUCAGUCGUGUCAGUCAAGAAAAUCGUAAAAAUAUAGUAUUGUUGACAGAUAUGGACAAGUUGAAGCUUGAUGACUUUUUAUUGAAUUACUUGUAGACUAGAAUGGAAAUUGCAAUGACAAGUGUUUAAAAAUGUAUGUCGCACUAAAACACAAGAGAUUUGCUUCAUGUUCAAAAUUAUGUCUAGCAGUUACUUUAUACAGACCUUUUCUUUAUUCUCUGUUUCUUCAUUACUGGCUUCUACCUUCUAUUUCCUCGUUAUAUCCCACGCUUCCUAAUUUGUUGUCUUUUUUAUUUUUAUGUUUUAAAUGUUCCUUCUUUCUUUCUUUUCCUACUUGUUUGCAAUGUUUCCAUACUUAGUAUUCCACAAUAAACAUUCUACUGUUUUCGUGGGUAAAGUCCCAGCCCUUAAAGUCCUCGCAAGUGAAACAGAAUCAUCAUCUCUGACCAGUGAUGUGAGCAGGCGCAACACGAACAGGCUAGACAUUAAAGAAAGUAAUUGGGAAGGAAGGAACUAAGCGGGAUAACUCGUGUGUUAGGGGCACUAACUGCCUUAAGCUUACAGUCCCCCUCUUCCUCUCCUCAUCUUCUCUCCUCCAUGUCCUCAUGUCUGACCUUGCUGAGCUGAUUGUUUAGUUGUUGUUCCUCAAUGUCCGAGGGCUGCCUUGUG